UGAUUGAUAAACCAGUAGAACUUGGCAGGAGGUCUGGAGUUAUCAAAGCAGGACAGGCUAUUGUAUAAACCUUUGAACCUGUGUCAUAGUAUAAUUACACCAGAAACAACAUGCAUAACCCACCACAAGAGGGCGCAGGUGUGUCAGCUUUAGUCGAUGACCCUUCAUGCAGACUGUCUUAAAACUCCACACAAAGGAACUUGAUGAUUGACUUGUGUGACUGGAGCUGUUGAAGGCUCACAUGAAUAAGCACAGUCAAAGUUUGAUGGUUGACCUUCCGUUAGCUGCGUGAAUCUCACAAAGAAAUAUCAAUGGAUACAUUAGCUUUAUUUAUCGUCUCUGUGUCUUUUACAGGUUUAACUAGUGGAGUUGGUUUGUUGCCAGAUGGUCCUCUGAAUGGAGCUGUUGGAGGGACAGUGAUGUUUACCACAGUGAAUCCACCAGAGAGUCCAUUUGUAACAACUAACUGGAGGUUUGGGGACAAAACUAUAAUCAUUUCAAAUAUUCAAAACACAACUUACCCUGGAUAUGAGGGAAGAAUCACCUUCUUCCCCUCUACUGGAUCUCUGGAGCUCAGGAGUCUGUCUCUCAGUGACAGUGGAGAAUACACAGUCAGGAUUACAACUGUGAGUGAGUUUGAAGGCAGAACCACACUGAGAGUUUAUGAGAGAAUAUCAAAUCCUUCUAUCACAUCGUCAUCAAAGGAGCCAAUAGAGGGGAACUCUGUCAACUUAACCUGUGACGCUGCUGGCUCUGUGUUUACCAGAAAGUGGAUGAAGGAUGGAUCUGAUCUAAAUCAAACUGACAUUAUACUUUACGAUAACAACAGAGUUCUGUCUUUUCAACAUCUAAAAAAAACAGACAGAGGAGAAUAUUCCUGUAAUAUCAGCAACCCCAUCAACUCCAUGGAAGCUAAACACGUCUUGGUUGUGAACUAUGGACCAGAAAACACUCAAAUCGAAGGCCAGCAUCACAUAUCUUUGGGAGACACCUUCACAUUAACCUGUGAGGCCGAGUCUGAACCACCUGCAAACUUCACCUGGUUACUGAAUGGGACAGAGAUACUCAAUUCUCCUGAGUACACUAAAAAGAACGCUGAAGCGUCCGACAGUGGAAACUACACCUGUCAAGCAAAGAAUAUCAUAACUGGAAGAUCAUCUUCUUCAGUGCAUGGAGUGACUGUAAUAGAGAGAAUAUCAGAUCCUUUCAUCACACAAUCACCAGAGGAGGCAAUAGAGGGGAACUCUGUCAACUUAACCUGUGACGCUGCUGGCUCCGUGUUUACCAGAAAGUGGAUGAAGGAUGGAUCUGAUCUAAAUCAAGCUGACAUUAUACUUUACGAUAACAACAGAGUUCUGUCUUUUCAACGUCUAAAUAAAACAGACAGAGGAGAAUAUUCCUGUAAUAUCAGCAACCCCAUCAACUCCAUGGAAGCUAAACACGUCUUGGUUGUGAACUAUGGACCAGAAAACACUCAAAUCGAAGGCCAGCAUCACAUAUCUUUGGGAGACACCUUCACAUUAACCUGUGAGGCCGAGUCUGAACCACCUGCAAACUUCACCUGGUUACUGAAUGGGACAGAGAUAUUCAAUUCUCCUGAAUACACUAAAAAGAACGCUGAAGCGUCCGACAGUGGAAACUACACCUGUCAAGCAAAGAAUAUCAUAACUGGAAGAUCAUCUUCUUCAGUGCAUGGAGUGACUGUAAUAGAGAGAAUAUCAAAUCCUUCUAUCACAUCGUCACCAAAGGAGCCAAUAGAGGGGAACUCUGUCAACUUAACCUGUGACGCUGCUGGCUCCGUGUUUACCAGAAAGUGGAUGAAGGAUGGAUCUGAUCUAAUUCAAACUGACAUUAUACUUUACGAUAACAACAGAGUUCUGUCUUUUCAACGUCUAAAUAAAACAGACAGAGGAGAAUAUUCCUGUAAUAUCAGCAACCCCAUCAACUCCAUGGAAGCUAAACACGUCUUGGUUGUGAACUAUGGACCAGAACACGCUCAAAUCAAAGGCCAGCGUCACAUAUCUUUGGGAGACACCUUCACAUUAACCUGUGAGGCCGAGUCUGAACCACCUCCAAACUUCACCUGGUUACUGAAUGGGACAGAGAUACUCAAUUCUCCUGAGUACACUAAAAAGAACGCUGAAGCGUCCGACAGUGGAAACUACACCUGUCAAGCAAAGAAUAUCAUAACUGGAAGAUCAUCUUCUUCAGUGCAUGGAGUGACUGUAAUAGUAUCCUCUCCAGUACCAUCAAGCUGUAGUGGUGGUUGUAUCGCUGGAAUAGUAAUUGCAUGUUUGGUGAUCCCUGGAGCAGCUGCUGCUGCAGGAUACUUUAUCUACAAAAAGAAAAAAAGUAAGAAAACUUCAUCCAACCAGACAGUGGGAGGUGGAGGUCAGGACAACACAGCCUACUCAGGAAAUAAGGAGCUGAACUAUGUAGAUAUCGCAGUUUUCCACAAAAAAGACGGCGGGGCCGUUCAGUUGGGGUCGCAAAAUGAGACAUCAGAAUACGCUCAGGUCAGGGGGAACAACAACCCUCCUUCAACGUCCUCCCCUCCUACCUAUGAAAACCACAUUCAGAGAACCAAGAGGCCGGCUCCUCAGCCUGCUGCUAAUGUAGCUGAGCUUUACGCUCAGGUUCGCAAGAGCUGAUCACAUCAGAUAUAAUAUAUCAUCACAUUAGAGCCUGUGGUCAGAGAAACCUGCUGCACUCCUUUCUCAGGACUUUUAUGGACAACUUAUUUGGACUUUGGAGUUUACAAUGAAAGCACUUUAGUUAAUGAUCAAACAGUUGAUGACGGGUGUUGAGAUCACAUGGCGUCAUGUUGCCAUAUAAACUGGCACACACUGCUUUUGAUAACUUCCCUCUGCCUUUGUUUGGUUGCACAUUUCAGGCUGUAAAUAUUCUUUGUUUGUGAUUCGGUUUGUUUGCUUGAGAUAAAUGUUUGACACAGGUGUGGUGUCAUAUUUGAUCCUGUUUGAUUUCAGUUUGCAGCUUGUUCCACAUUGAUACUUUUAUAAAUGUACAUUUAAAACAUGUUAAAUCAUUUUUUUAUAAAGAAAUAUUGUUUUUCAGUUCA